AGUUGGUAUCAGAGCCUAGGUUAUAGGUUCUGUAGACAGUCUAGAAUAGACAGUAUGGAUUCCUUUAGUCCAGUUCAGCGGUAUCUCGCCUCGGUUAGAUAUGGUCGUAUUUAAGAAUUUAGACCCUGGUACGUCCAAUGUGGACUUGGGAAAUGAGGGGCAGCCUGUAGAGGGAACUGCUCCAGCAGAGGCGAUUCCGGAGCCUGCUGCUCAGUCGGCAUCUAGAGAUCAGCCGACUGUUGUGAUUACUUUGGAGGCAUUACAAUCAUUGAUUGAGAGUCAAGUAGAUCAGGCGGUGCAGAGCCGGGUGGACCAAGCGGUACAGGCAGCCCUUGCUGGUCUUGGAAGCCAGGCGGCUCCAACAGCACCUGUAUCGGGCCAGACGACAUUAGUGUCUAAAGCACCAGGAGUAGGUGUUCAGACAGUAAUACCUCCAACACGGUUGACAGAGCUACCUGGUACAGCUGUGGUGACAGAGGCAUCAUCGCGGGUAGUAACUUAUGGCCGACGAUGUAUGACAGAGGAGAGUGAGUACAUACGAGAUUUCAUGAAACUUGCCCCGCCAACUUUUGGAGGAAAAGGGACUGAUCCUGAGGCAGCUGAAUGGUGGUUGGAAUGUAUUGAAACAAUUUUACAUUCUACAACUGCCUAGAGAAUCAUAAGGUGUUGUGUGCUACAUAUUUGUUGGAGGGACCAGCCCAUUUUUGGUGGAAAUCAAAGAAGCCGAAGAUGGAGGCUGGUGGGGCCCCAAUCACAUGGGCGGCCUUCAGACAUGAGUUUUGUGAGAAAUACUAUCCUGCUCUAGCGAGAUUGCGAAACCGAAAAGCAUUUAUGCAAUUGGAACAGGGUAAUAGGUCAGUAGAGGAGUAUGAGGCGGAAUUCACACGAUUAUCCAGAUUUGUUCCUCUUAUGGUUGCUACUGAGGAAGAGAAGACGGAUCUCUUUAUUUAGGGUUUGAGGCAAGAGAUACAGGGAUCCGUGUCUACCCAUGCUUCUCAAGAUUUUGUUGCGGCUUAUAAUGCUGCAGUGAAAUUAGAUGCUAGCACCCCGAGGAAUAAUCAGGGUUCUAGCAGUCAGGUACGACCAAGUGGAAAACGAAAAUUUAUUUAAAUAUCCACGGGUUCGCAACAGCAGACGGUACCACAACGAGUUGAUCGUCGGCCUUAUUCAGGUGAAGGGAGGGCAGGUUG